AAUCAACCACCCCUUUCGGAGCUCCUAAGAAGAAAUAUUAACUUGACCACGCCAGGGAUGAGGAGAACUGUAUAUUACAGUGGUGUACCUCAAGGUCCUCAAGUUGAUGAGGCCUGGCCUAUCAAGAAGUCACUAACGUUGUCUGAUGUGGAUAUCACACAUCCAUUCCUUACAUUGUCUCGGCAGCAAGUGGAAAAUCAUAUUGUUGUCCACAUGACACCCCAGCAACAGGAGAGUUUGAGAGCCCAAGGGCAUAUAGAUUUUAAUGCUCAAGAUGAUGACACAAGUGAGAUGUAUGGCAUGAAGCUGAAGUGGCGAGGGAGUUAUUACAACCUUAUUGGCAAAUGGGGUAGAGUUGUCCGAAGCAAAGGACUUGAUGUCGGACAAGAGAUUAAAAUUCGCUGGGACAAUGGGUACUUGCACUUCUCUGCCCCACAGCAGCUGAUUCCUGCAGUGGUUACUCCUGUCCGAAUGGUUGCAGCACAUGCACUAGUAGUGCAUGACCAGUGGCCUAUUAGGAAGGUGUUGACUGUGUCUGAUGUGGACACAAAUCAUCCAUUUCUUCCUUUGCCACGCCGACUGGUUGAGGAUCAUAUUCUUGUGCAUUGGACACCGCAGCUGCAAGAGCAGUUAAGAAACGAAGACCAUGUGAAUGUGAAUGCCCGGGAUUAUGAUAGUGGAGAAGUUUAUCAAAUGAAAAUAAAAUUGAGGGGAAAUUUCUAUAACCUUAUUGGGAAAUGGGGGACAAUCAUUCGACAGAAAGGGCUUGGUGUUGGGGAAGAGAUCAGAAUAUGUUGGACAAAUGACUGCUUGUACUUUUCAGUUCGCCAAGAGCACUAUGUUGCAACAAGUUCAGUGCAAGAUAAUUGGCCAAUUAAGAAGGCACUGACCUUAUCUGAUGUGGAUACCAGCCAUCCAUUCCUUACUCUGCCGGGCAAAGCAGUUGAAGAUCAUAUUCUCUUUUACUGGACACCACAAGCCAGGGAGCAGCUGAGAAAUGAACGUCAAAUGGAUGUUAAUGGUCAAGAUGAAGACACUGGUGACCUCUACUUGAUGAAGUUGAGAUGGCGUGGUAGCUACUAUAACCUUAUUGGUAAGUGGGGAAAGAUCGUUAGAGAAAAGGGACUCCGUAUUGGCAUGGAGAUAAGACUGCGCUGGGAUAAUAGCAUGCUUUUGAGACUAUUUGUUGAAUGUGUCUUUUUUAGUCAUUUAGGUGGGUGGCCUUGAAUAGACUGAUCAUUUAUGCAGGGUGGAAAUGAUAUGCAUGAAGUUGUUCAAGAGCAAAUACAACAAGGCAUGUUUACGGUAAAUUUGGUGAAUCCACAUCUAUCCCAAACAAUAGACUUUGGGUUUGGGGAUCAGUAGAUAUUCCCAAACGGUAAACCUUGGGAUAUCAAUAGAUAUUUCCAAACGGACAGAUAUUUCCGCAAGUCUCUGGGAUCGAAGAAAACUUUGGCCAGGGACCAGUAUACCAUCAAAGAUUGAUCCAGCAGACCCUUUCAUGACGGUCUGCCAGACUAGUAUGCAACACACCCCUUACCUGCCGGGCUGGUAUGCUAAUUGUCCAUCAAAGGCUUUCGUGCAUGCAGGUCUGCUGGACAAGUCUACUUAUAAACUAGUAGAGGCUAUUCAAAUAUUAAGGGCAAAAGAGGUGCCUACUACCUACAAUCCAGAGAGGGGAUUAGUCACUAUGUCCGACGGUGGAAACCCUGGGUACACCCAAAAAAUAUUAAGGGCAAAACACCUGCUUUUGUCAUUCGUGAUGUUGUUCCUUUGAAGAACAGAUGUCACCGAGAUUCUAGAGUAUUUCAAUGUUGUGAAAGCAUCUGCAUAUAUGCGUCUUAUGACACUGCGCUCUCUGUUGAAUCUAUGUGUUAGCCGGUGUGAUCUUGUUGACUUUGCACAUCGAGGCUAGUACAAGGGGCAGUUUUUAAGGGACUAAACUAAACCCCCAUGAAUGUUGAAACGCAAGGCAAAAUUGGUCAAAAGUUUGUCAAGGCCGAGCCUCUAGAGCUGUUGAAUUCUGCAUGCCUUGACAAGAACCCAGUUUCUGGAUACAUAAUUGGCACGCAAAUGCAGAUGCACGAGAAACAACGCGAGAGCUUCAAGUAAGUACGCGAAUGAAUCCAAUAGUAAAUUGCUUGUGUUUGCAAGAGCACAGGAAGCUCGGGGGGCGCCACCAUAUGCUUCAUUGCCACUUCCUUCUAUGAAGUUGUGGUUUUCAUUCUUGUGUAGAUUUUUGACAUUGGGAACAAAUCCCAUUCUUGUUUUACUUUGAUAUAAUAGUAGUAUUAUGACUCUAAUUCUUCUUCCAAAUACUGCCUACUGAACCAUUGAGCUAAGGCCGUGCGGGCUAUGACUUUGAUUCUUGUACCAGACUGGUGAUUUUGAGAAAAUUAUUAUAAUUAUUAU